AUGGACCUCAAAGGCCUCUGGGACGCAACCGUGGGCGAGUACGUCCGAUGGGACCUUUGGCCAGCUUACCUUAGCGCUGUCCUAGUCUGGGGGCUCACCAGCCCGUUGCGAGAUGUAGAUGUGGCGUUCACGCUGCAAGUUUGGCGAGUGACGCGUAUGAAUGGAGAUCUCUGGCGCCUUAGCACACUGCGAUUUAACGAUAUGAUCAUCAAUGAGGAACUACGCGGUUUGGAUGGACCUACCUAUGCUUAUGCCCUGUGGAAUGGUCUCUUUGCGGUCCCAGAACUGGUCCUCCGUGACCGCCAGGAAGAGUACGGCCGGUAUGCUUACGUUUUGCGCAGUUGGUGGACGGCUUAUCGUGUCACGUAUGGCGAGUACCUACCGUGUCUAACUGUGCUAACCUUCCGCUCCGUGGGUCGUUAUGUGUGCGCCUUCGGAGAAGCUAUAGCCGCCAUGUGGGGUCGGUGUUACGAGUUUGGUGAAGGUGGCUUUUGGAUUGCCGUCAUCCUAGUAUCUCUGAGCCUGUUCUUGCCUAUGGCCUUAUACGACGCGUAG